AAGAGACCUAUCUAGUUCUAAGUACAAAGAUAGAUAUGAUAAACCCCUUCACUCAAAAACCCUCUUUCUCUUUCCUCACUCAAAAACUCUCUCUUUCUCUCUCUAAAAUCUUCCAUCUUCCAUCUUCAAUGGCUCUCUUCCAUUCCUACACUCUUCCACAUCACAAACUAUCUACUCUUUCACCCUUUUCAACCUUCUCUUCAAAACCUCUCUCUGUUUCUCCCUCUUCUUCUGCUUUUUCUUCUUCAACACAUCAACAUCCUUAUCCUCUCACCAUAUCCACCGACUUCAACAAUAGAAAGUUGCUUUGCAAACCACCUAAAGGAAAACAUGUUAAAGAAGACUAUCUUGUGAAAAAAUUGUCAGCUGAAGAAAUUCAAGAGCUGGUGAAGGGAGAUAGAAAUGUUCCUCUUAUUAUUGAUUUCUACGCGACUUGGUGUGGUCCAUGCAUCUUAAUGGCUCAAGAACUUGAAAUGCUUGCAGUCGAGUAUGAGAACAAUGCGAUGAUUGUUAAAGUUGAUACAGAUGAUGAGUAUGAAUUUGCACGCGACAUGCAGAUAUGGCCGAUCAGGACUCCAUUGAUCCAUCUAAGAUGAUUGGUGGUAGGCGUACGAUGACUCAGAGCCACCGGAUGGAGAGGCAGAGGUCGGGGGGAGAUGGUUCAGGGAGCUCUCUGGCUACACAGCCUGAGGAGUCACAGGUUGUUGACCCGUCACAGCUUGUUGACCAGUCUGGGGUGGAGUACCUGAAUUAUCAGGAUCAGGAUACACCACGAUGUGACUGAUGGUGGAUAUGACCAGGAUCAUAUACCACAGCAGCAGCAUGUAGGAGACGAUGACGACAUUGCAGCAGCUGCUGCACCGGAGGUGUUACCUGUGGACCCUCCCUUUCCUGGUGGACCGGCAGACUUAUCUUUGCUCUACUCUUAUGCCAGUCAUGUGGUGUUGCCACUUUGGUAUAAUUCAGAUAAUGUUUGUAAGCUCCGUGUGGUUAAACCGAUUAAUCAUGGGGCUAAGAUCCUCACUCUCGGACGCCCAAACGGGAAUGAGAAUUGGUUUUGGGAUCCGCUUAGGCAGAGCGGGUUACAUGACUUGGUUUACUUGGGGUACUCCACCGUGCCUCAUGCCCUGCUGAUCACUUUAUGCGAAAGGUGGCAUCCUGAGACCAGCAUCUUUCACAUGCCCAUGGGGGAGAUGACUGUGACAUUGGAUGAUGUCGCAUGUCUCACGCAUCUUCCGAUUGAGGGGCGGAUGUUGAGUCAUGGAAAGAAGAUGCCGAAACAUGAGGGAGCGGCACUACUUAUGAGGCAUCUAGGUGUGUCGCAGCAGGAGGCGGAAAAGAUUUGCGGGCAGGAGUACGGUGGGUACAUUAGCUACCCGAGGCUGAGGGACUUUUAUACCACGUACCUUGGUAGGGCCAACUUAUUGGCUAGUACGGAGGAUCCAGUGGAGCUUGAGGAGCUGGCGAGGGUUAGGACUUACUGCGUCCGGUGUUACCUUCUCUACUUGAUCGGAUGCUUGUUGUUUGGCGAUAGAAGCAACAAGCGCAUCGAGUUGAUAUAUCUGACGACCAUGGAGGACGGCUACGCAGGGAUGCGUAAUUAUUCCUGGGGAGGGAUGACGCUCGCUUACCUAUACGGCGAGUUAGCUGAUGCGUGUAGGCCUGGAGACAAAGCUCUUGGGGGGAGCGUGACACUGCUCACUAUAAGAAAACUUAUAUUUUAUUUUUUUGUUAACUUUUAUUUUUGUUUGUUAUAUUUUCCGUGCGUAAUAAUUUAUAAAUGUUAUUUGUUUGGUUUGUGCAUGCAUGGUUUUUGGCGCAUUUUCCUGGGUUUUACAGUGUUGAUCCCAACACUGACUACAUGGAAAACUAUCCGGUUGCAGCGAGGUGGAAGCUCCAGAAGGGUCACGAGGAGGGGAUCAUGUAUCGGUCACUGCUUGAUCGUAUACAGUUAGAUGAUGUAUGCUGGAGGCCGUACGAGGAGCACAGAGAGAUCCAGGACUUCGAGGAUGUUUUCUGGUAUUCUGGCUGGAUUAUGUGCGGUGUCCGUAGGGUGUACCGUCACUUGCCCGAGAGGGUUUUGAGGCAGUACGGAUACAUGCAGACCAUCCCUAGACAUCCCACGGAUGUUGUAGAGCUCCCACUCCCUUACAUUGUGCAGGCGUUCGUCGACUUCCGCACUCACACGCUUAAAGCGGCGAUUGGGGUGAGUAGGCAGGAGAGCAGACAUGGCGGAUGGCUGAUGGCUAUAUGCUAUGGUACACUAGGGUGUCUCACCCUCAUACUUUGCCACCUCUCCCUAGAGAUCUUCCGAGGCCUGCAAAUGAAGAGCAGAUCAUUGUAGACCGGUGGGAGCGGUACGAGGCGAGAAGCUCGCCUGACGCCUACGACAUGGUUAGCGGCGUUGUUGCCUACGCUGAUGCACAGUUGGCCCAUGAGGUCAUGAGCAUGACCCCUCAGCAGUGGUUUCAGGCCAUGACCCAUAUGAGGGAGCAGAUCGUGCCGAUCUUGACCAAGAGGCAAGGCCAGAGGCCGAGGAGGAGGCACCAUCAGCAGGACCAGGACCAGUAGUAGGAUUUUUUUAUUGUUAGGACUUGUUUUUUAGUUUUUCAUGACAUUGAUUUGUAUAUUUGUACUUUGAUGACAUUAUUUUUAAUUUCAUGAUAUUUUUUUA